GUGUUUUCACAAUUUCACUUUCCCUGUUUUCGGCAGAUUUCCUUCUCCAUAUAAACACACAACUCUGUUAAAUCGCUCUGAAGCCACACUCUCACUCGCAUUCACAUCAUCACUACAAAACGAUGUCGUCUUCUGAACCCCAAGAACCCUCAGCACCAUCUUCCGAGCCACCGUCGUCGGACCAAUCCAUCAGCAAGAAGGCGGCCAAGAAGGAAGCCAUGAAGCAGGAAAAGCUCCGCCGCCGCCAGGAGACUGCCCUUGCCUCCGCCGCAUCGAAGCUCGCUGUCGACGAGGAGGACCCCCUCGCCGGAAACUACGGCGACAUCCCAAUGGAGGAGCUGCAGUCGAAGACCCCCGUGGACCCCAGCCGAUGGACACGUGUGGAGAAUCUGGAGAAGUCUCUAGAAGGGAAGCACGUCAUGAUCCGAGGUAGGGCUCAGGCCCUCCGUCCCGUUGGGAAGAAGAUGGCGUUCUUGGUUGUGAGAGAGAGCGGCUUCACCGUGCAGUGUUUGGUGCAAGCGCAGCAAGAUUUGGUUAGCGUGCAGAUGGUGAAGUACGCUGCGGCGCUGAGCCGCGAGUCUGUUAUCGAUGUUGAAGGUCUUGUUUCGGUCCCUUCUGAACCAAUCAAAGGUGCCACACAGCAGGUGGAGGUUCAAGUGAGGAAGUUGUAUUGUGUUAGCAGGGCCCUUCCAACUCUCCCAAUUAAUCUCGAGGAUGCUGCUCGAAGUGAAGCUGAAAUUGAGAAGGCACUUCAGGCUGGUGAACAACUUGUUCGUGUUAAUCAGGAUACACGUUUGAACUUUAGAGUACUUGACCUAAGAACCCCAGCUAAUCAAGGAAUUUUCUCCAUUCAGUCUCAAGUUGAAAAUGCAUUUAGACAGUUCUUAUUAUCUGAAGGCUUUCGUCAAAUCCACACUCCAAAAUUGAUUGCUGGUUCAAGUGAGGGUGGAGCUGCUGUUUUCAGACUGGACUAUAAAGGGCACCCUGCUUGCCUUGCCCAAUCACCACAGCUUCACAAGCAAAUGGCAAUAUGUGCUGAUUUUGGCCGUGUUUUUGAGAUUGGUCCUGUUUUUAGAGCUGAAGAUUCCUUCACACACCGACAUCUGUGUGAGUUUACUGGUCUUGAUGUUGAAAUGGAGAUUAAGAAGCAUUAUUUUGAGGUUAUGGAUAUAGUUGAUAGGUUGUUUGUCUCAAUAUUUGAUAGCUUGAACCAGAAUUGUAAGAAGGAUCUUGCAGCUGUGGCAUACCAGUACCCAUUUGAACCUUUAAAGUAUCUUCGUCAGACUCUGCGGCUUACAUAUGAAGAAGGGGUUCAGAUGCUCAAGGAUGCUGGAGUAGAGAUUGAACCUUUUGGUGACUUGAAUACUGAAGCUGAAAGGAAGUUGGGGCAGCUAGUUUUAGAGAAGUAUGGCACAGAGUUCUAUAUCCUUUACCGGUACCCCUUGGCUGUAAGGCCAUUUUAUACAAUGCCGUGCUAUGAUAAUCCACAGUACUCCAACUCAUUUGAUGUCUUUAUUAGAGGCGAGGAGAUCAUUUCAGGAGCUCAGCGUGUCCACAAUGCAGAAAUGUUGGAAAAACGGGCCGAGUCUUGCGGCAUUGAUGUCAAGACAAUAUCUACCUACAUUGAUUCUUUCAGAUAUGGUGCACCAACACACGGCGGCUUUGGAGUUGGUUUGGAGCGUGUAGUAAUGCUCUUCUGUGGCCUGAAUAACAUCCGCAAGGCAUCACUUUAUCCUCGUGACCCCCUUAGAAUUGCACCAUGAUAGUUAUACCCAAACAAUUGCAGUGUUGGAAACCCCAUUGUUACAUAUUUUCUUACCGCAAAAAUCUCAUUUCCUUUGAACUAGCAGUGUUGGAGCUGGUGUCGAGCACUUUACACAGCAUACUAAUUUUGGUGGACUUAAUGUAGCUGCCACUUUGUUUGUUGAAUGCACCCUCAGAAUGUUCAAAUUUUCCUUUA